UUUGUUUACUUCGUUUCGUUCGUUGCUGUUUAUCCGAUUACAAAACAUUCGAAGCGCGCGUUCAAAAUGCUCAAAAUUGUUAAUAAUUUUACGAAAUGUGUGCCAUUGCGAGGAUUUCACGACAGCCACAGAAAUUGGGCCAACUUCAAAAAGCAAGGCAUAGUGUUGAAUAAACUAAUGUACGGUUCGGAUAGGAAUAAACGAAAAUGGUAUGGCGAGCGGACUUCUCAGACGGUUUUCUCAACGCCAUCGUCAUUGGCUUCCACCAGAGGGCAAGGGAAAGAAUCGACCAGGCGAUUGACCGUCCUGAAUAAGCUGUUUAUGGAGCAGAUAACCGAUUUGAUGGCUACGGGGGAAUACUCCGAGGAGAUAGUUGGUUACGGUAUACAAAUAUCUCGGGUUCGUGUCAGCACGGACUUCCACGGCGUCAACGUUUUCUGGUUUGCAAGCGACAGUGCUCAGGAUAUGGAAAUCGGACGGCUUCUGAAACGCGUUGCUGGCGGAUUGCGACACGAAUUGUCCCAGCUUAGACUCAUCGGACAAGUUCCAAAGCUUACGUUUGUCAAAGAUAAAACCCAUGGCCUCAGUGCUGAUGUGGACAGUGCUCUGCGGAUUGCGGAUUAUGGAGAAGAUUAUGAAUUCACCAAUCGGACACUUGUUCCAAGAAGUGAGAUCAAACUACAAACUGACUUACCUUCCGAGGUGCGUCGGAAGAUUGGAGAGAUAGAAAACGAAAUCCAAUAUCCACGUGAUGAUCAUGACCCUCUGCCUGAUAUGCGUCACGAUGUUCUGGGUUUAAAUCACGGGAUGAUCAUGAGCAAAAUCAAACGAUCACUCAAUAAGUCCAAACAAGCAUGGCAUCAAUAUAACAACGAGGGCAAAAGAACAGUUGAGGAAAAUAUUGAUCCUAGCUCUAUGUGCACCAAGGUCACAGAACCGGACGCAGAUCCAAUGGAUUCUAAGAUACAGUUUAAUAAAAGUUUGGAACGCCAAAAGUUUAGGAAGUUUCACAAUGGACGGAAAUCUUUGGAACAAGAACUCUUUGAAUACAAACCGGGCAUCGAAGAGGAACCUGAAAUAGUGCCAAAGGACGAUGACUUCAUUGUAGAGGAAAAUGAUCAUCAUAAAAAUAGAAAAUAAGUGUAGGUAGGUACGUGCAUAUGUAUAUAGUAUACAUAACUGCAAAUGCUGUAUUGUGUAGCAAAAUUAAAAUAGAUUGGAUUGUUAUGUUUA